GGCUGCGCGCUGUUGACGCUGCGAGGAUGUGGGCAGGAAGUGCCAUGCAGAGCCAGCAGAAGCCUUCACGCUUCUCGGCGCACUUCUUGCCCAAUCGUGUCGGCGCCACCAACAAUGUCCCUCGGUUGACGCCGCCAGCCUCCAGGGAGUGGACACUCUCCUCCCCGGCGUGUGAGCCCCAAACGCUCCGUGUCGGUUCUCCAAAUCCGGACGAGGACGCCGCUUUCCGGGCCUGCUCGCUGUGAAGACGUCGUCAAAGGAGGCUCCGGACAAAAAAAAAAAAAAAGGAUACAUUCUCUUUUUUUCCCCCUCGGCCAUGAGGGAGUACAAAGUGGUUGUUCUCGGCUCGGGUGGGGUCGGGAAAUCCGCCCUGACCGUGCAGUUCGUGACGGGCUCCUUCAUCGAGAAGUACGACCCCACCAUCGAGGACUUCUACCGGAAGGAGAUCGAGGUGGACUCGUCGCCGUCCGUCCUGGAGAUCCUGGACACGGCCGGGACGGAACAGUUCGCCUCCAUGCGGGAUCUGUACAUCAAAAACGGACAAGGCUUCAUCCUGGUCUACAGUCUGGUCAACCAGCAGAGCUUCCAGGACAUCAAGCCCAUGCGGGACCAGAUCAUCCGGGUGAAGAGGUACGAGAGGGUGCCCAUGAUCCUGGUGGGCAACAAGGUGGACCUGGAGGCCGAGCGAGAGGUGUCGUCCGGGGAAGGCAAGGCUCUGGCCCAGGACUGGACCUGCCCCUUCAUGGAGACCUCAGCCAAGAAUAAAAUCUCUGUGGAUGAACUCUUUGCAGAAAUUGUCCGACAGAUGAACUACUCCACGGUUCCUGCCGGACGUGACAAGUGUUGCUCGUGUGUUCUGCUCUAAACAAUCACCUUUUUUUUUCUUUUUUUUUUUUUCUUGAAACGGAACAAAAAAAACAAUCUUUAUUUCACACCUGUUGUCUUAUGGUUUCGCACAAAUCAAACGGACAACAAUCUGAUGUAGGGCUAGGCGAUAUGAACGAAAAAGUAUAUCUCGAUUUAUUUGGACUUAAAUUCGAUAUAUAUCUCGAUAUAUUUUUGGGUGAAAGUAUACAUAAAAAGAUAUUCAUUUUUGAGGCGAUAUUCAGUGAAUGACAACUGUACUGCAAACACUUGUAUUAACCCAGUUUGUCAAGAUAGGUAUUAACAGCACAGAAUUACAUAAUGUAAAUAAAAUAGAAACAUUUUAUUUCUACGUAAAAUAAAUAACAUAGUUGUGCAAAUAAUACAAAAUGUAUCAAACUUGGAUACAAAAAUACAUUUGCAGGCAGGCACUUUGUGCUUUCACUUCCUGGUUCAAUGACCCGCCCUAUCUUGCCUCUGGCCUGUCCCUAACCAAUCAUGACUCAUCAUAGUAGAGGAAGGGGAGGGGUUUAGUAGCCCAUGGAGGGGGAGAACAAGGAACACAACAAAUAAGCGAUGUUUGGUCAUUUUAACGUGAAAUAAAUUAUAUCGUUAUCGCAAUAUUUUCUUAAUUCAGCCAUCCAUUUUCUACCGCUUAUUCCCUUCGGGGUCGCGGGGGGCUCCGAAGCCUAUCUCAGCUACAAUCGGGCGGAAGGCAGGGUACACCCUGGACAAGUCGCCACCUCAUCACAGGGCCAACACAGAUAGACAGACAACAUUCCCAACCACAUUCACACACUAUCUUAUUUAAAAAUAUAUCGAUAUAUCUUACGAACUCGAUAUAUCGCCCAGCCCUAAUCUGAUGUAUAAUAGUCCAGGAAAAGUGUUUACAUUGACAAAGUACUUGAAUGUUAUUGUUUUCAAAUAUAUAGCUUUGUAUAAUAUGACACUUCUCUGGAAAUGUGCCUCGGUGGGAAUGUCUUAUUGUGAAAACCUAAGAGACAUUGUAGGGUUUUUUUUUUUCUUCUCACGUACUGUUUUAAUCUCUCGUGCUCAGUGGUGGAGUCAGUGUUAACGUCGCUCACUUUGAAGACAUUGUGGUAAAAAAAAAAAACAUACUAGAGAUGGGUUGUUUGACGUCGGCGAAAAUUAAUAAUUCAUUCACGUUAUUUUGUUGAAAUAUUUCUUAUUUAUUUUAGAUGGCUUACUUUUACAGCUAAUGCUGUGCAACAGAUAGCAUAGUCUUCUCUGAUUAAAUAAACAGCGCCUCUGCUGGUGACCCGCAAAUACUGCACUUCAUUUUGCCAUGUGACUAAUCUAGUAGAACAGGGGUGUCAAAGUCAAGGCCCGCGGGCCAGAUCUGACCCACAAAUGCCCCGGGGAUGAUAUUUAAUUAGUAUUAGAAGCGGCCCGCAGGCCACAGCCGCCUGCUGCUGUUUUGCAUGCACCAAUACUCCAUCACUGUUGGCGCUAGGAAUCUUCAAAAUGGGGUCCGAGUUACCCCAUCAAGUCAUAACAAUGGGGUCCCACAGUACAUUUUUUGGGGUACCACUUUUUUUGUAAGCGUUUUGAAAAAAAUGUGUGCAUUAUCCUUUUAUAGCUCACAUUCUAUAUUGUGUUUUGGAAAAAGGUUGUCAAAUGUUACUUAAUUCAUUUUAAAAAAUAAUACAAAAGAAAACACAUUUUUAUGCAUAUGUAAAUUUAUUCAGUUAUAAACAUUCAUUCACUUUCUUCUUUCCUUCAUGGAUCUAAACUUUACUGCUGCCGGUAUUUUUUUCUAUGUUUUUAUUGUAAAAUUUUCAGAAUGUGUUUGUUCUAUUUUUGGCCAAAGUAAGACAAAAAAAACAAUCUGAAGCUGUCUUUAUUUUUGAGUUUUAGUGCCAUGAUUUUAAUAGUCCGUGUGCACAGAUUUUCCUCCAUGCGGCCCCUGAGCUCAAAUGACUUUAACACCCCUGUAAUAGAAUAAUAUACCCAUCCCGAGUAAUAAUUAGAUUUUUUAAAAACGUGUUUCCCUUCUCCAGCGUGUUGGAAGUGUGUUACCAGUGGAACUUAGUGCACAAGGACCUUAGUGCGUUGCUGUGGCUGCACGGGGUCACGCCAUGACGGUUGACCUCAUGUCAAGUGCCUUCCUGCGACUGUGCCAACUCAGCCAGUGACGAGCCCUCCUUCCUCUGCAGUGCGUCUCCACGCCAAUCAGAACUUAGCUUUUUUUUGUUUGUUUGUUUCCCCUCUGAGUCAGGCCCAAUGUGGAGGUACUGCAGUGAAGAAGCCAUGUUUGAUCUUUUUCCUUGAUGAUGUGAUGACAUUUUUAUUGUAAUUCUACCUUUUGGACAAAUCUGUGAUCAACUUGUCAGUUUUGAGAGACUUGUAAUACAAAAGGCAUUUUAUGUA